AUGGCAGCCCUCUUGCCCACCCUGCGCCUGCUGCUCGUGGUGGGGACGUGGGCCAUUCCUGGCCACCGAGGAGCCUCCUUGACCCCUGAAGAACUCAGCCUGCGGCUCAGCGGGGGCGGCUGUCGCUGCGCCGGGAUGCUGGAGGUGAAGUGGGGAGGCCGGUGGAACCGCGUUUGCCGGGACAACCUCAACCCAACCAACUUGAGGGGCAUCUGCCAGCGGCUGGGCUGCGGCCCCCCCACGGCCCAGCCCCUCUGGCUCCUCUCUCCUGGCAAGGAGGAGCCACACGUGGGGCAACUGAGGUGCCAGGGGUGGGUGGCCCCCUUGGAGAAGUGUCACUGGGUGCCGGACAACUGCACGGAGCACGUCAUCCUCACCUGCAGCGAGCCGGUGAAAACCACCCCCAAGCCCCCAACGACUCCCCCGGCCACCACCCCGCAGCCCACCGGACCCCCCAGCCUGCAGCUGGUGGAGGGGAAAUUCGGCUGCUCGGGCUUCGUGGAGCUGCACAAGGAAGGGUUGUGGGGGGCGGUGGGGGGCAGCCCGGGGGUCUCACCCCAUCUGGCCACCCAAAUCUGCCGCCAUCUGCAUUGUGGCACCGUCGCCGCCGUUGACCCCCGUGGCUACCCCGAGCCCGAGCCGGAGAGCCGCUUGCCGGUGCGGUGGGAGGUGGUGGAACCCUGCGAGAAGCGUCCCCUCUUCGACUGCUUCAACAGGACCAGCACGUGGCUCGGGAGAAGGCCCAUCUUCAUCAUCUGCUCUGGAUCCCCCCCUCAGCGGAGGCUGGGGGGCGGCCCCACGCCAUGCGAAGGGGACAUCGAGGUGUUCCACGACGGCCGGUGGCGGGUGCUGUGUGACGAGCGGGGGCAGCGAGCCCAGCGGGGCCAGCAGCUGUGCCAGGAGCUGCGCUGUGGCAACCUCUCCUCCAGCGCCGAGGUCCGGGACCCCCCCGCCACCGGUGUCACCUGCAAGGUCCCCACCCUGCACCUCUGCUCCACCAGUUUGGAGGGUCCCCAGACCUGCUCCCGGACCAGAAUCGUGUGCCAGGACUCCAAGCCGCCUCCCGUUGGCACGUCGGCUGGCACCAUCAUGAGCAUCUGCCUGGCCCUGCUCCUCUUCGGCGUCCUCUCCCUCAUCUGUGGCCCCCCCGCCUACAGGAGGCUGAUGAAGAGAAGUAGGUGA